AUGGCGACUUCUCGUAUUAACCUUUUUCUUCUUCUCCUCUUUCUAUUUACUGCUACAUUUAUCACCAGCCAGCAAAACGACGACGAAGACGCGCCGCCUCAACUCGCCCUAGACUCGUCGGAGCAAGAAGCGGUCUACCGAGUCCUUGACUCAGUUAACUCGGCGAUCCCAUGGCGAACCAUCUUCCCCGACGAUCUCUGCGCUUCCCCACCAGACGGCGUCGUAUGCGAUUUCUUCACCGUCCGUUCUCAAAACGGCGUCGUAACUUCUGUCCACGUCACCGAGCUUCACUUGGGCUACGUCUCUGACUACACGCAAAACCCUCCUUGCUCUUCAAACUCUACACUCGAACCUCUCCUCUUCACUUCCUUCAACCACCUACGCAAGCUCUUCUUCUACAAAUGCUUCACCGGAGCUCGUGUCUCGUUGCCAGAAGCUAUCCCGGAGGGUUUCGGCUCUGUCCUCGAAGAACUUGUGUUCAUCGGAAACCCGUCUCUCGUCGGCGAAGUCAGUGCCGUGAUCGGUAAUUUCACAAAGUUGAGGAGAUUGGUUCUCACCGGAAACGGAUUUCAUGGGUCGAUUCCGGGUCGGAUCUCCGAUUUGGUCAGUCUACAAGAGAUCACGCUCUCUAGAAACAGCUUGACCGGCGGUUUUCCGGCGUCGUCCCGUCUGAGGAAUCUGAAAGUUCUGGACCUCAGCCAUAAUUUUCUUGACGGAAAUGCCCCUGAAUCCAUCGGCGAUCUGACGGAGCUUCUAAAGCUCGAUCUCAGCUUCAAUGGGUUCUCCGGAGAGAUACCGUCCGGAGUUGGAAAACUGAAAAAGCUCGAGUUUUUGGAUUUGAGUUACAACCGUUUCGGAAACUAUGGCGUUCCUCUGUUUCUAGCUGAGAUGCCCAGAUUGAGAGAGGUUUAUCUGAGUGGAAAUCAGCUCGGAGGUCGUAUACCGGAAAUUUGGAAGAAUCUGGAGGGUAUUUCUGGAAUUGGGUUCUCGAGAAUGGGUCUACGAGGGAAUAUUCCAGCUUCAAUGGGGUCGACUCCCAAAAACCUCUGUUAUCUCGCGCUCGACAACAACAAUCUCGACGGACAAAUCCCCGAGGAGUUUGGGUUUCUGGAAUUCGCUAACGAAAUCAACCUCGAAAACAACAAUCUCACCGGAAAAUCUCCGUUUUCCGACAGUUUCAGGGACAGAAUCGGGAAAAAGCUCAAAUUGAGCGGGAACCCAAAUCUCCACGUCGUUAAAAUCUCCGAUCCUCCUCUCGCCGGACCAGCUCUCUCUUCGUCGGCGUCAAGGGUUUUCACGUCGAUUUGCUUCCCGGCGGUUUUAGUGGUUCUUUACAUUUUAGUAAAACAGUGA